AUGACUCUCUUUAUUUUGCAGAUUUCAAGUUCUACUUAUAAAGACAGAAGUGAGGAAUACAAAAGACAGUUUACACAUCUUCCUGAUUCAGAGAAGCUGAUAGCAGACUAUGCUUGUGCUCUUCAGAAGGACAUUUUGCUUCAAGGACGACUCUACCUUUCAGAAAACUGGCUAUGUUUCUAUAGCAACAUCUUCAGAUGGGAAACUGCAAUUUCGAUUGCUUUAAAGAAUAUAACCUUUAUGACCAAGGAGAAAACGGCUCGACUCAUCCCAAAUGCUAUCCAGAUCAUUACAGAGGGUGAAAAGUUUUUCUUUACAUCGUUUGGUGCAAGAGAUAGAAGUUACCUCAGUAUCUUUAGGUUGUGGCAGAAUGUAUUAUUAGACAAGGUAAGUGGACCAGAGACAGAUGCUUAUUCUAACAAGCUCUCGCUGUAGACCUACACAAUGUCUGUGACUCAAGAACUGACUUUAUUUCUCUAAACUGGAUUUUGCCUAGAUAAAUUCUAAGAAAAAAUGUUAAGCAAGUCAAGAUCUAUAGUUAUAAAGUAUUCAUUAUAAUCUAUAGAAUAACCACACACAAACCCCCCUAAAACAUAAUAAGAGAAACAAUGAAGGAAAUAAAAUGGUACACUGGAAAAUAUUUAUUUUACACACAGUAAAGGAGGACUGAAAGGACAAAAAGUUGAAACAUGUAGAAAAAGAAGAGCAGAAUGACAGACAUUACAUAGAUAGUCAAACAUGAGUGGAUUAAAUACUUCACUCAGAAAGCAAAAUAACAGCAAAAUGAAAAAUACAUGAUCCAGAUACAUCUCUCGAGACAAGUUAGAUUCAAAGGCUCAGGUAGACUGAAAGGAACAGGAAGGAAAAUAAUAUACAUACAAACAGUAACCAAACGAGGACUGAAGUGACCAUCUUAAUUUCAGAUAAAAUAGAGUUUAGGACAAAACUCAUUGAGACAGAGAAAAACAUUUUAUUAUAAUGAAAGGGUCAUUUCAUCUGAAAAUUGUAACAGUCAUAAGCCUAUAUGCAUUUAGUAAGAGAGCCUGAAGCAAAGACUAACAAUGAAGGAAGAAAUGGAAAAUCCACCUAAAAAAGUGAGUUCACCAAGAAAAGGAACUAGAAAAAAAAAAGCCCACUAUCAUUCUUCUAUUCUCCUAGUGAGCUUUAAAGAGCAAUGUCAUUUGCUCAAUGUACUAGUAUCUAUGAUGGUAAUAAUAGUGCUCAUUUAUGAAGUGUUGGGCAUCAGACAAGAAUGCUAGGUGCUUGAUAUCUUCUUGAUACUGUCUAUAUAAUAUUUCAAUCCUCAGUUUAUUUCUAAUUGUUUUUUAAGUCAUAAAACCACAUUGAUGAUCUUUUUUAUCUUAUGUAACAGU